AUGAAGACCUCUAUCUUUGUCUCCGCCAUGCUUGCUGGUCUUGCUAUGGCUUCUCCUUUCCAACAGUCUCCUAACUGCAGGGUCGAUACCGACUGCAAGGCUAACGAGCAGUGCGACAAGAACGGCAACUGUGUUGCUAACAAGGUCGCCCGUGACACUCCUUUGGCUCACCUGAACGAAGCUUGCCAUGUCGACAGUGACUGCCUUGAGAGCUUGAAGUGUGUGAAGGAUGUUUGUGUCUCUUCUCACAACAAGCGUGAUACUCCACUUGCCCACCUUAACGGGGACUGCAAGACCAACGGCGACUGUGUUAAGGGUCUGGUCUGCGAGAAGGACGCCUGCAUUGCUCCCAAGAACAAGCGUGACACUUUGUCCGAAAUUGGUCAAGAGUGCAAGGUCUCCGGUGACUGUGUGAAGGGCCUUGUCUGUGGCCAGGAUGACACCUGUGUUGCCCCCAAGCAGCAGCGUGAUGUCUCCGACGCUCAGAUUGGCCAGGAAUGCCAGAAGGUUGGUGACUGCAAGAAGGGCCUUGUUUGUGAGAAGAACACUUGCCUUGCCCCCAAGGGCAAGCGUAAUGUUAAAAAGGAUGCUGGUCUCCACGAGCAAUGCCAGAGCACCGGUGACUGCCGUAAGGGUCUGGUUUGUGAGAAAGACAUUUGCAUUGCACCCAAGAACAAGCGCGAGAACUCCAAGUCUCAGGCCAACGGACCUUGCCAGGUCACCGGUGACUGUGUUAAGGGCCUGACUUGCAACAAAGACACCUGCGUUGCCCCUCAGAACAAGGAUCAGAACAAGCGUGAGGUCGGUGACCAGUGCCAGUCUGAUGAUGACUGCCACAAGGAGCAAACCUGCCAGGUUAUUAAGGGCAACAAGGUCUGUGACGCUCCUCAGACUUCCAAUUAA